AUGAACCCGCAGGUGUUGGCACAAGCCAUCGGCGUUGCCGACGCCCGGCGCGAGGCUUGGCUUGCCGCAAUUGCGUACCCAGGGCGCGUCUAUGGGCGCAGUCACGAGGAAGAGUAUGUGGCUUCGCUCGAGAAGACAGCGACGUUGCUGUCGUUCUUCCAGACGCACGGGAUCGUUGACGUCGACGACCAAGAAGCGCUGAGCGAAGCGCUCGGCUGUGUGCUGCCUCUCGACAUGCACCGCAAGAUGUUUGUCCCCGCGCUGCAGCUUUCCAUGAGCGCUGCGCAGUGGGCGCUCUGGCAAGAGAGAUCGCGAUUGCUGCCUAUCCUCGGCGCGUACGCGCAGACCGAAUUGGGCCAUGGCUCCAACAUCCGAGCGCUUGAAACGACUGCCACCUACGAUCCGGCUACAGAAAUCUUUGAUUUGCACUCGCCAACGCUCACGAGCCGCAAGUGGUGGCCCGGUGGCUUGGGGAAGACGACCAACUUUGCCGUCGUGUACGCUCGCCUCCUUGGUGGCGAUGGCACCGACCACGGCGUGCACGCCUUCUUGGUGCAACUACGCGAUCUCGCGUCGCAUGCAUCUCUGCCGGGUGUGCACCUCGGGGACAUUGGCGCCAAAAUUGGCUUCAACGGCGUUGACAACGGCUUUUGCUCCUUUGAGCACGUCGCUGUUCCCAAAGCACAUCUCCUGCUUGGGACAGCGCGCGUCGAGUGGAGUCCGCAGGGCCAGCUGCGCCGACGAGCCGGCACGGUGGCUCCGUGGGGCUACUUUACGAUGGUCAAAACGCGCGUUUUUCUCGUCUCCAAGUGCGCGCGGUUCCUCGGCCGCGCACUCGCGCUCACGCUCGCAAAUUUGCAGUCGCGUGGUGUGGACGCCCGGCGAACGCUGUACCCGGCCAUGGGCCUCGCACUGGCCUCGAUCUUUGCAGGUCAGUCGCUCUACGCGCUCUAUACUCAAGUGCUCGCGGCCCGCGACACGCGUGAGCUGCACACGUUGCACGCAACGUCAAGCGGGCUCAAAGCGCUCGUCUCAGCCCGAGUGGUCGACAGUCUCCAAGCGUGUAUCAUGACGGGCGGCAAUGACGCGAGCCACGCCGUCGUAUACCUCAAGAACGAGAUUGUCGGCGCGUGCACAUAUGAAGGGACGUUCGACGUGCUCGUGCUGCAGCAUGGCGCGUACUUGCGCAAGCAGCCGCGGAUCGAGCCUCCGCGACUGGCACAUAUGGAGCUUACAGCGGUCCCCGAUCUCCUCAUGCUCUUCUCCCAACGACUUCACGCGCUGCAGUCGGACACAGUGUCCAAGGGGAGUGCGUACAGGACGACGCGCCUCUCGCUUGCCGCCUCCGAGCUCUACCUUCUCGAAGCCUUUGCCGACCGGCUACGCACAGUGAAGGACGCUGCGACGACCGAUGCGCUCUCGCAACUGUGGUGUCUCUUGAGCUAUGCGUGGGUGCUUCAGUCGUUGCACGAGUUUCGUCCGUGGCUGUCAUCGUCCGACGGCGAGAGCGUCGGGCAGCUCUUCGAAGCGACAGCGAUGGCCAUUGAUGACGCGACGAUGGCAUCGAUCGUUGCCGCGUGGGGCUUUGGAGAAACCGAAUUGUCGCGACUCGACGCUGAAUUCUCCAAGCUUUAG